UUUGUCAAAGGUGCCUGCAAGCACACCUGUAAUAACCUUAUAAAUAUUAAUAAUUUUUCCACAUUCAACACAUUUUUAUCUACUAACAAAAGUUAUUUAUAAAAGUUCUAUCUUUUUAUUGUUGUUCUGAGACACCCUGUUUUUAGACCGCUGUACAUGUUGUUAAAGGUAAAUACACAUGAUGUAGUUUAAAGCACAGCUUACUGCCAAUAAUCUUUUCAUCACGUGGCUGUGAAGUGAUGUGUGAUGUUUGUGACAUUUCCAACGCUUUUUUUGUAUGACCUUUAACAUCACAGAGCCUUUGAACUGCCCCUGAUGGGGAAUAAAGAGGGGCAAAAAGGUGAGAGAGGACGGUCAGGAGCGUCUCUGAGCACACUCUCCUGCACAACCUGCACAGUCCCUCUGCAUCAGGUCAAAGACGUAAUUUUCCUGAUUCUUCUUUGGUGUUGGAGGGGGACACUGUAGUCCUGGUAGAAGGUUUUUGUACAACAGGAAACUUCAGGAAAGAUGAGCAGCAGCAGCGUUGUUCAGGCACAAAAGCUGGUGGAUCAACUUCGGGUUGAGGCGGGCAUGGAGAGAAUCAAGAUCUCGCUGACAGCAGCAGAUUUGGUGCGAUACUGUCAGGAGCACAGGAGAAGUGAUCCUCUGAUCACCGGCAUCGCCACCUCGUCCAAUCCUUUCAAAGACAAGAAGAGCUGCGUGCUGCUUUGACAGUCGUCCCGAGUAUUAAGAUAACCAACACAUAAUCAAAUGUCCAAUGGCCUUCUUUGUGGGGGAGUGCAGCUGAAGAUUUCAAGAGUCAAAUGUGGACAGAAGAAACCUUUUCAGCCGUGAUUAUUUAUGUUUUAUUUUUCUGUGUGCAUCUAGACUUUCCCUUCAAGCAUCUCUUCUGAGACACUGUCUAGAUGAAACACUUUACAACACAUAGGUAAAGAGUAAAAGUGUUUAGCACAGAUGAUGGUUUGAGAUG